AUGUUUAUAACUUCACUUGCUUUACUUUCAAGCUGUUCUACUACUAAGCCAAUACCGCCGCAAUCCGGAAAUAUGAAUGCAAUGUCAUGUGUUGAGGUACCACGAAUUGAAAUUCGGCCUAUGAGGCAAAGGUUACAGAUUCAGAAUCUGGAGGAAGAUUGGACGGGCACUAGUAGUACAGUUCUUAGGAGGAAAUUGCAGAAUCGGUUGAACCAACGAGCUUCUCGACAACGCAGAAAAGUCGACUCGAAAAGACUCGAAGCGAUAACAAAAGUCAUAGAGACACAAGGGCCCAUAAUCCUUGAUCCUACCACACCUCCUCCAAAAGAAUAUAUGUGUAUCAAUCACGUAGACGUCAAACGCAUUGUCACUUCUACAUCAUUCAAUUCCUAUAUUACCGAUACUUCUAUCCCAGCAGACUCCUACUUACUUACUCUUCUUCAUUUCAAUAUCAUCCGUGCUUUAUCUGUGAAUGUGGAAAUCCUUAAAAUACCUGUUGAUCGUAUGGAUGAUAAUAUUCUUUCUCCAUUCAACACAUUACCAUCGACACAAUAUCCACAGGGUAUUCCAGAUCUAUCAAAUCUUCCGCUGGCGCUGAAACCCACGAGUCUACAAUUCGAAAUAGAACAUCAUCCGGAAAUUGAUGUUUUUCCAUUUCCGGGAUGUAGAGAUCUCAUUCUUUUGGCGCUUUCAAGAGGUGAUGAAUGGGAUGAUAUCGAGUUUUGUAGGGAUAUUAUGUAUGGGUUAGAGGGUGGAGGCGGAAGAACGGGAUUUAUUGUUUGGGGUGAUCCGUGGAUACCGGGAAGUUGGGAGGUGGAGGAAAAUUUUGCGAGAAAGUGGAAGUGGUUGUUAGAGGGGUGUGAGGAGUUGUUUGUGAGUACUAAUAUAUGGAGGGAUAGAAGAGGUGAGGAGAGACUAGUUUUUGAGGAAUUGUCUUGAGGUUCUGGAAUAUAAAAAGGGGGAUAUAGCCUACAGCAAGGGUUGAAGGAGACGGGUAAAGAGAUGAAGGGAGAAAGGAAUGAACUUAAACAUAUAUCCAAUAUCUGAAGCUCAGAUCAAACUUCGAAAGCUGCAGAUACAUCGACCUGAAAUUUCUGAUGUGGAUAUUCUAGCUACAUGAAGUCCUAGCUCUAAUUGUGGCAGAAGCGACAGAGCAUAGACAGAGGAAAAAACCUCAAAGUGGCUACCUUCUGUGGUCUUUCAACUUCGAGUCCACUUUUUGAGAGUUGUCCCACAGUACCUUGAGAUCACGAUGACCAAGCAAGGGGACAGCAUCAAUCUCAUACUCUUCGAAAUGAAAUGAACAUACCCGGCUUUUACAAUCCAAGAAGUCACAAAUUUGAACAAUCCAUAUUGCCAUACGCUCUUCUUCACGGGAUGUUGACGGAUCUGAAGCCUGCAACCGAUCGAUAAGAAUCGAUUGAAUAGGUGGAGGUGAAGUCAAUAAUUCUAAUGACCUAUUGGUCAAGAGCUAGUGGUGUAUUGUUGAACUGGAUGGAAAUGGCCAUUUUCCAGUUCCAAGAGCG